CUCUCUCUCUCUCUCUCUCUCUCUCUCUCAUAUUUCCCUUCUACUAAAAGAGAAGAUAAAUGGGUGCUCUUGAUUACCUCUCCAACUUUUGCACUGUCACCAGCACAAGGAGCAAGCGCAAAGCACUGCAGACGGUCGACAUCAAAGUGAAAAUGGACUGCGAUGGAUGUGAAAGAAGAGUUAAAAAUGCUGUUACCAACAUGAAAGGUGUAAAAUCUGUGGAGGUGAACCGAAAGCAACAAAGGGUAACAGUUAGUGGUUAUGUUGAACCAAAUAAGGUGUUGAAAAGAGUAAAAAGUACUGGCAAGAGAGCUGAAUUUUGGCCUUAUGUUCCUCAACAUCUAGUAUACUAUCCUUAUGCACCUGGAGCCUAUGACAAAAGGGCACCCUCCGGCUACGUUCGAAAUGUCGUGCAAGCUUUUCCGGCCUCAAAUGCAACUGAAGACAACAUUGUCUCACUAUUCAGUGAUGAUAAUGUUAAUGCAUGUUCUAUCAUGUAAGGAAUACAUUAUGCAAGUUACUUAAAACGAUGUGGCUCUUCUAGGCAAGAACCCUUUAGGUAUUCUCAAGUGUGUGUUAGUGAGACUGUAACGAAAUUAUGAGUAUGCAUCUUGUGACCAUAUAUGGUUAUAUUCUAAGUUAUAUCUAAUGUUGCUUUUUAAUAAUAUUA